AUGGCCUCGGCAUAUGCGAAAGACGUCCCGGCCCUGAUCCCGUUGGAGAAGGCUGGACCCAAGGGCUACAUUCGCUUCGUCUUCCCCAUCGAGCUGCCCGAGAACUACGACAGUGACGAGUGCUUCCGCAUUCUGAAGGACGGCCUCGACGCCGCCAAGCAGCGCCUUCCCACCAUUGGGUGUGAGGGCGUGCCCGACACCGCCGCGAAGCAGGCCGGCGUUCUGAAGUUACAGAAGUACACCGACUACGACACCAUCACGUCCAAGGACCUCCGAGAGCCCGGCGCGUUCCCGCACACCUACCUUGAGCUCAAGGACAAGACCUUCCCGGUUGCCGCCUUCCCGGGUGACCUGUUGUGCCGGCGUUUCACCUGGCCGUCGCCCGGCGAGCGGCUGCCUACGGUCGACUUCCAGGCCAACUUCAUCCAGGGCGGCCUUCUCCUGACUUGCUGCUUCUUUCAUGUCUUCGGCGACGCCAAGACCUACUACACCAUCCUCGAGACGUGGGCCGAGGAGUGCCGCCGCCUUCAGGGCGAGACGGGCCCCCGCAACGAGGUGCCCGACGUCUUCUUCACCGACCGCGAGAAGCACAUGAAGCCGUCGGGCCGCAACGCCGGCCGUGUCAAGGAUCACCCCGAGGUCAUGGUGCUGCCCUUUACGCCCCCAGGCUUCCCGCCCAAGAUGAUCUCGCGCGAGCACGUGGGCCAGGUCUUCCGGCUCACGGCGGAGCAGCUCGCGGCCCUCAAGGCCGAUGCGUCGCCGACCAACGCCACGGAGCCAACAGACCAAAAAUACGUGUCGAGCAACGACGCGCUGUCGGCGCUGAUGUGGCGCUCCGUCAUGAACGCCCAGUUCCCCCUCGACGAGCUCAAGGAAGACCCCACGUCCAUCUUCAAUAUCGCCAUCGACGGCCGCUCGCGCACCGAUCCCCCCGUGCACCCGCGCACCCUGGGCAACUGGCUCGGUUGGGUGGUGGUGCAGACGCCCAUCCGCAAGAUGCUGUCGACGGCCAGCCUGGCCGACAUCGCCGUGCUGAUCCGCAAGUCCGUGACGGGCCUCAGCGACCAGUACGUCGACGACCUGAGCGCGCUGUUCGAGAGUGUCGAGGACGUGGACCGCGUCGUUGCCACGGCGUUCCUGGACGUGCCCGGCUACAACUGUGUGCAGACGUCCUGGAUCAACUUGCCCGUCUACGAGCUGAACUGGGGCAAGACACUCGGCAACAAGGUCCAGGCGUGCCGCAGUCCGGAUGUCGGCGUUAUCAACGGUGGCUCGCUGGUGGUGCCGGCGUUGCCUGAGGGUGGGAUCGAAAUCCUCGUUGGUGUCGAAACGAAGUGCCUGCCUAGGUUGCUGAAGGAUCCGUUGCUGGCCAAGUAUGCCACCGCUAUCACGCUGUAG